AUGGCGCCCAAGAAGCGCGGGCCGAGCGCGGGGCGCCGGCCGGGCGCGGCGGGCGAAGGCGGCGAGCAGCAGCUGUCGGAGCGCGCGCAGUACCUGCAGCGCGAGUACACGCAGCUCUCGGAGCAGCUGGAGGCCUGCGAGACGCGCGUGGACCGCGUGCUGCAGGAGAACGCCUUCCUGGACCGCGAGGCCCUGCGCCUGCGCGAGGAGAACCGGUUGUACGCUAGCUACGUGAGCGCGCGCGCGCAGCGCUGCGCCAACGCGAUCGUGCGGCUGGAGGAGCAGCACCGCGCCGACCUGGCGCAGGUGCGCUGGCAGCGCGCCGAGCUGGCGUCGCUGUACCAGGGGCGCGAGGAGGGGGUGCGCGCGCAGCUGCAGGAGAUGGAGGCGCGCGCGGCGCACAUGGCACGGCAGGUGCAGGAGCUGCAGCCCUACAAGGAGCUGCAGCUGGAGCAGCUGGCGCGGAUCCGGGCGUUGGAGCGCGAGCUCCUGCACAUGCGCGUGGAGCACACGCAGGUGCUGCACCGCGUCAAGCGGCGCUUCCUGGAGGACAAGACGGGCUUCGAGCGCGAGGCGCGCCAGCGCGUGCAGUCCCUGGGCCGGCGCGCGGAGCGGGAGGCGGCGCGCGCGCUCGUGGCGCACACGCAGGCGCUCAAGGCGGACAACGGGCGCCUGCGGCAGGAGCUGCUGCGGCUGCUGCACCGCGCGCAGCUGCUGCACGACACGCGGCGCCAGCUGCUGGAGCAGCGCGAGCAGCUGCGGCGCGAGCACGAGGACACGCGGAACAUGGCGAGCGUGCACGGCUGGCUGCGCCGGGGCUCCGGGGGCCCCCCGCUCUGGCAGCCGCCCUUGCAGCCCGCCUCGCGCCCCGGCUCGCCCCCCGCCCGACGAAGCGCGUCGCGUGCCGCCUCUCGGGCCCCGUCCUUGACCCCUUCGCGGCCCGAGGAGCCAUCGGCGACGCCGGCGCGCGCGGCCUCGCGGGCCCCGUCCCUGAGCCGGCCCCGCGCGGCCUCGCGGGCCCCAUCCCUGAGCCGGCCCCGCGUGGCCUCCCGGGCCCUGUCCCUCACGCCGCCGCGCACACGGACCCUGUUGCACACGGCCUCGCGGGCCCCGUCGCUGACGCCGUCCGGCGGGGCUCCCCAGGCCCUGCCCCAGAGGCGGUCCCGCGUGGCUUCACAAUCCCCAUCCGUGGUUCCCUCGCGCACCAGCUCCCACACAAUGUCACCGACGCGGUCCCAGGAGGGCUCCCACCUGUCUUCUUGGUCCUCCAUGCACACAGCCUAUCCAGACCCUCUCCCCACAGUGGAGUCCAGACCCAGGCUCUCCGUGCGCCAGUCCGGGGACCCGGCUCUGCACACGUCAUCGUCGGAGGGGACCCUGCACUCUGACGCCGGGGCCGGACCCCCUGCCCCAGGGGGCGUCUGA